AUGGCAGAGAUAAUUUCAUGCGCCAAGGAUACGCAGCUGCACAGCUUCCCGGAGCUAAAACAGCUUUCCACUAGUGCCCAUAUCGACAGCAACAAUGGAUCGGAUUGUCGGUUUUUCGGGUCCUCGAAGUUAUUCGUGCGGGCGAACAAGAACACCGGUAUCGAGCUGCUGCGCAUCAAAGAUGGCGAAGCGCCGGUUGACGGCGCUGCGCCCACUCGAUCCAUUGCGACCGUAAAGAAAAUGAUGAUCGAUAAUCUGUACUGCGUGGCGUGUCCAAAGACGGCGAGCAAAGAUGAGAUUGCAAUCGGAUUGACGUCCGGCACGGUACGGUUUAUGAACUACAAGAAGGCCAACUUUACCAAGCGGUUCGAUUCCGAGCGGAUUACGAACAGCGUCACGUUCAUGGACUUUAAUGCGACGGAUGAUUUCCUGGCGGCAGUGUACGAAAAUGGGCUGGUAAAUGUUUACGGAAUGAAGACAAGCUCAAAGUUGCACACGCUAGCAUUCGAUAAGAACACAAACAAGGCACGCUUUCAUCCUACGAAACGGUUCCACAUGGCAGUAGCAUCGGACAAAGGUGCGGUCGUGGUUUACGAUUCUCAGGCAAAGAAAACUCUGUUCUCUCAACCAACGGCUCACGGAGCGCCCUGUCGCGAUGUGGGCAUGGUCGAAUCAUUUCCGGACUACGUUUUCUCCGUUGGCUAUGAUAGUGUGAUCAAUGUGUUUGAUACACGCCGCAAGGACGUGGCUUACCAUAUACAGUCAAACUAUCCCUUCGAGUCGCUGGCGAUCGCGGAGGAUGGUCACCACUUCGCUGUGGGCAAUUUGAAGGGUUACGUGUACGGUUACGACUUGCGCAACCUGCAGCAACCGCUCAACAUGAAGCAGAUCCACCAGAGCAACGUCACCAGCUUGACGUUCGUUCCCAAGGCCAAGGACGGCUCAAGCAGGCGAAGUAUGAUCGAGCUGGACGAGUCGCGAAAGGUUAGCUCUCGCGGAGUUAGAAUCAGUGAAGGUGGUGUAAGGGCCAAUGGAACACCGGAAAUGGGACAGGCAGCAAACGAAAAGGAAAAACAGCACGACAGUUUCAUUGGAGAUAUUGAUCAGUUCAUGCAACGACGUGAGCCUACGUUGGGCUGUAUGUCUCGGCUGAGCACAUCGUCCCGGUUGAGUGGCGAAUCGCCGAAUCGUUUGGCGGGAAACAAUUUGCUGGGCUUCUUGGAUGAUCUUUCUGACUGUCAUACUGAUCUGGACGAUACGGACGGAUUGUCGGAAUCGAAUCAUGCACGUGACCAACAGCAUGCUUCUGGGUCUACGCCUGAGCCAGAAUUGAACAUUGAUGAAAGUUUCAUCAAUACCACUCGUCUGAUAAAGCGCAUCAAAGCGAAUGGUGGUGGGCGACCGAAUGCCAGCGCCGGUGAUCGCCUGAACAAGAAAGGAAUGGUCGACAAUUUGGAACACAUCAACGAAGAAGCAUCCGACAUCGGGGAAACUGAAAAUGAAGGCACUGAAGAAAGUGGCGUCAUUGUGGUUGGUGCUAAAAGCGAAACUAACAAGAAACCACCACAGCUUAGCAUUAAUCGUGUGCUCCUCGAAAGCCAGCAGGAAAACAAAGCAGUAAAGGCUGUUACGCAACAAGAUAGCCGUAAGUUGCUGAGCGUCCCUAGUGAACUAUCAACUCCUACGGUGGAUGGAAAAGAAAACAAUUCUCGUUCGAUGAUGGCGGCCGCUGUUUUCCGGCAUGAGGAUUGCCCCGCUACGGCCGCAGAACCUUCGACGACCAAUCACCUUGGUCCGGAAGCGAAUGAAGAUUCCCUCAAGCGACCGGCCAUCGAUCAGCAGCCACUGACGAAACAACAACAGCGAACUAGUACAAGUGGAUUGCAGGUCCCUGUGCAGCAGCAGCAACAGCUCAGUGCCGAAAUAGCCGAGCUGCGAAAAGCAAUGAUGGACCAGUUUCAGAAGAGCACGAUCCAGCAGGUGGACGCGGAACAAGCGAUGAGGAGCCACCUUUGGAUGUGUAUGUUCAAUCUGUGGAGGGAAACGCACCAGAAGCUAGAGUCGAUCGAGCAGACCGUAAAUGCCGGCUUUGGGUUGCUGCUGCCGAGGGAUGAGUUUGCUCAACAAUUCAUAAGCAUGCGAGCAGAAAAUGAAGCUUUGCGAAACCGACUGAGAGAGCUGGAAGAACAAGGGAAGCGUGGAAAUUAGCAGCAGCGUAGAAAGGGUAGAUCAUUCAAGUCCCUCCGGGGUUUAAAUAAUACACAGUAAGACUAGUUCGAUUUAAUUGUCAGACUUUGCUGCUUCCAUUUGAAAUUCGUUUAUUUGAAGUUUUGUGUUGAUAUAAUGUUUUUUUUGAUAAGGAGUAAUUCCGUAUAUGCUGAAAAACGUACCAUUAAAAUAACUUUUAUAGUAUGGCAUUAUGUACAAAAUAUGGUUUUAAGGCCUAUAGGCAAAUAUUCUCCGUACAAAUUCGAUUAUCAUCUCAGCAAUCCAGUCUGGCUUAAGUAGACCGAACUCAACUGAAAGCUAUGAAAUAGACAUUUUAAGGAUAAGUUUAAACGUGAAAAUAGAUCUUUCGUUACAACGAAUCAAGGAAGCUUUUCUUUUUGA